AGGCGCUCGUACCGUUAUUCCACGGGACCGCGCGCAGACUGAGCCGCACUCACCGCCGCUCAACGUGCGCCCUGACUCUGGAUAAAGUUUCCACGCAUUUUCCACGGAGCCAGGAACUUUCGAGUGGUCCCGUCUCUGAAGGACUUUGUCCGGUUUGGUCCCGAACAUGCUUUUGGGGGAGUUAAAGUGAAACUUCCCUGUGUGCAGGAGUCGCUCUUCAUUCAGAGGAUUCUGCUGCGGUGGAACAGUGCGCAGCGCAGGAUAAAAAGAAAAAACAAAAACCUCUGGAGAACUUUGGACGCAGACGAAGUGGGAAUAGUUUUUCUCCUCCUUUGCUGGAAUACAAUGCUUUAGCGGUAAAGUUAAUGCAUCAUCGGCAUGGACUCUGUCUGAGAACGGGGGACCCGCUGACUGACCAUGGCGUUCACAGGUAGGGGCUUGGGCCGCUUUCAUUUGGUUCUACUGCUGCUCUGGACUCUGUCGCAGUACUCAGCAUCCAGCCAGGUCCGUCAAGAGUUUCAGGUCCUGGAGGAGCAGCCCGUCGGCACCUACGUGGGCACAAUAGAGACCAAGCCCAGGUUCACGUACCGCUUCAGCGAGAACCACAAACUUUUUGCAAUUAACGGGACCACGGGAGUCAUUUACACCUCCUCGGUGAUUGACAGGGAGAUUCUGCAAAGCGAUGUCAUAAACGUGGUGGUGCUGUCCAGCCAGCCCACCUACCCCACCGAAGUCCGGAUCGUGGUUCUGGACCUGAACGAUAACUCCCCGGUGUUUCCGGACGCGUCAAUCGUGGUGUCGUUUAAGGAGGACGCCAGCAGCGGCAGGCAGGUGAUCCUGGACACGGCCACGGACGCAGACAUUGGGAGUAACGGGGUGGAUCACACCACGUACAGAAUAGUGAGGGGCAACGAGCGGAGGAAGUUCCGCCUGGACAUCACUGUCAAUCCUAGCGGAGAGGGCGCGUUCUUGCACCUCGUUUCCACCGGAGGCUUGGACCGGGAGGCGGCUCCCUUCUACCAGCUGCUGAUUGAAGUGGAGGACAAAGGAGAACCCAAAAGGUUCGGCCACCUGCAGGUGAACGUCACCAUCCAGGACAUAAACGACAACCCCCCUGUGUUCGAGCAGGAGCAGUACCAGACCAGCGUGUUCGAGGACGCCGCCGUGGGUUCCAGCGUUCUGCGCGUCACAGCGUCGGACCAGGACGAGGGCGCUAAUGCGGAGAUACGGUACUUUCUGGAUGAGGGGACGCCGUUCCAAAUUGACCCGAAGGCAGGAACCGUCAUAAUAAAGGAGGGGCUGGACUAUGAGAGUAAAAGAGAGUAUUCCCUGACUAUUCACGCUGUGGACAACGGGGUGCCCUCUCUGUCAGGCAGGACAGAAGCCACCGUAAAACUCCUAGAUGUGAACGACAACGACCCGGUGGUGAAGUUCAGGUAUUUUCCCACCACGUCUAAAUUUGCGUCUGUGGAUGAAAACGCCCAGAUUGGCACCGUGGUGGCUCUGCUCACCGUUUCGGACUCGGACUCCCCCGCGGCCAACGGCAACAUAUCUGUGUCCAUCCUGGGGGGCAACGAGCAGAGACACUUCGAGGUGCACACGUCCCCCGUGCCCAACCUGAGUCUGAUCAAAGUCGCCAGCGUGUUGGACAGGGAGAGGAUCUCCUCAUACAACCUGACUGUGUCUGUGUCAGACAAUGGCAGGCCUAUGGCCCGCUCCUCCUUCGCCAGCCUGGUUAUUUUUGUCAAUGAUAUUAAUGAUCACCCUCCCAUAUUUCAGGAAACACUGUACAGAGUAGAUAUAAGUGAAGACAUACCAAAAGGCAGCUACAUUAAAGGGGUUUCUGCAACAGAUGGUGACUCUGGGCAGAACGCCAACCUGCGCUACUCCCUGGUGUCUGGAAAUGCUUUAGGCUGGUUCUCCAUCAGUGAGAACAGUGGUCUGGUUACCAGCGCCGCUUUGCUGGAUCGGGAAGUAGCGUCUGAAAUUGUGCUCAACAUUAGUGCCAAAGACCAGGGGCUGCAGCCCAAGAUUUCCUACACGCAACUGGUGGUCAACGUCACCGACGUGAACGACCAGGUGCCCACGUUCACGCAGAGCACCUACCACGUGUCCCUCGUGGAGCACUCCCCGGCCGGCACCGAGCUGCUGGUGCUGUCCGCCUCCGACGACGACCUCGGCGCCAACGGAAGCGUCCGCUUCUCCUUCGACGCGGAGACGCCGGCCGGCGUCCAGCGGCUGUUCCGCCUGGACGCCGUGUCGGGGCGCCUGAGCAGCGCCGUGGAGCUGGACCGGGAGGACCAGGCCUCCUACCUACUCCACGUCCAGGCAGCAGACGCAGGCAGCCCCCCCCUGCACUCCGCAGGGAGAGUCAACAUCACGCUGAGGGACAUCAACGACAACAGGCCCGUCUUCUACCCUGUGCAGUAUUUUGCCAACGUGAAAGAGAAUGAGCCGUCGGGUUCUUACGUAACCACCGUGUCGGCGUCCGACCCUGAUUUGGGCCGAAACGGCACCGUUAAAUAUGUAAUUACAGCCGGAGACGCCGCCAAGUUCCGCAUUAACAGCAGCACAGGGAAGAUUACGACCCUCGUGCCCCUGGACAGAGAGGAGAAAACGGCCUAUCAGCUGCAGGUGACGGCAGCGGAUGGCGGCGGCCUGCGCUCACACACUCAGGCCAUCGUGACCGUGACGGUCAUAGACACGCAGGACAACCCACCCGUGUUCAGUCAGAGCGUCUACAGCUUCGUCAUGUUCGAGAACGUCGCCGCGGGCACAGUCGUGGGCACGGUGUCAGCCACCACCGUGGAUUUGAACACCAACAUGUCCUACCUGAUCACCGCAGGGGACCACAGGGGGGUCUUUACCCUGAACAGCGCAGGUCAGAUCACAACAUCCAGUCCGAUAGACCGAGAGGAGCAGGGCUUCUAUCAGCUGAAGGUAGUGGCCAGGGCUGGAGAGAUCACGGGAGAGGCCUUAGUUAACAUCACAGUGAAGGACCUGAAUGACAACUCCCCCCAUUUUAUUCAUGCUAUGGAACACGUGAGUGCAGUGGAAAACUGGAGCACAGGUCACGUGAUCUUCCAGGCCAGAGCCUCAGAUCCAGAUGAGGGCACAAAUGGCAUGGUGGUGUAUAGCCUCAAACAAAACCCCAAAGGCCUGUUUCACGUCCACGAGAAGCACGGCCUCAUCACUCUAACCGGGCCUCUGCAGAUCACCAGCAGCUCCUACGAGGUGGAGGUCACGGCGGCGGACAUGGGGGUUCCCCAGCACAGCUCCAGCCUCGUCCUCAUCGUCAGCGUGUACGACGUUAACGACAACUCGCCGGUCUUCGACCAGCUCUCCUACGAGGUCAUCAUCCUGGAGUCCGAGCCCGUCAACAGCCGCUUUUUCAAAGUGGAGGCCACCGACAAAGACUCGGGUCUCAACGGGGAGAUUAUGUAUGACAUCGGCGGCGGCAACACCGGCGACGUGUUCGGCAUCUUUCCAGACGGGCAGCUGUACAUCAAAGCGGAGCUGGACAGAGAGGUACAGGACAGAUACAACCUAGUGGUCGUGGCUAAAGACAGAGCGGUGGAGCCGCUGAGCGCCAGCGUCAACGUCAGCGUGAUCCUAGACGACGUGAACGAUAACCGUCCCCUCUUCAACAGCACUAAUUACGUGUUUCAUUUUGAGGAAGAGCAGAGGAGGGGCUCGCUGGUCGGGAGGGUUUUUGCUGAGGAUAAGGACUUUGGGCCGAACAGUGAGGUCAGAUACACGUUUGAGACUCCGCAGUCCAACUUUGAGAUGAAUGCCAUCACAGGGGAGUUGACCAGCACUCUGCAGUUGGACCGCGAGUCCCUCGUGAGACAGCGAGGCGCCGCCGCCUUCAGCUUUGUGGUCGUCUCGACAGACCAGGGUCUCCCCAAGCCCCUCAGAGACCAAGCCAAAGUGCAAGUUUACAUUCAAGACAUCAACGACAACCCGCCUAAAUUCACCAAAGACGUUUACCAGGCCUCCAUCGCCGAGUCGGCUCCAAACCUCACGCAGCUGCUGCGCGUCUCGGCCUCCGACGUGGAUGAGAACAGAAACGGGCUGGUUCGCUACCACAUCGCAGAGGGCAACGAGGAGGAGCAGUUCACCAUCGACGGCAGCUCUGGACAGGUCACGUUAGUGGGAAAGCUGGAUUAUGAAUCCACGUCCUCCUACUCCCUGAAGAUCAUGGCCGAGGACGCGGGUGCGGUGCCCCUGUCCUCCUCCUGCAUGCUCAGCAUCAGCGUCCUGGACGAGAACGACAACUCCCCCUCCUUCCCCAAGUCCUCGCUGUCGGUGGACGUCCUGGAAAACAUGCGGAUCGGCGAGCUGGUGGCCUCCGUGACCGCCACAGACGCUGACUCGGGUCAAAAUGCAGAUAUAACAUACAGCAUCACAGCCACAAACAAUCACGGCACCUUCAGCAUCAGCCCCAACACCGGCAGCAUCUUUCUGGUUAAGAAGCUGGACUUUGAGACUCAGUCGUUGUAUAAACUCAACAUCACCGCUAAGGACAACGGCAGACCCGCCCGGUCCUCCUCCAUCCCCGUGCUCAUCCACGUCAGGGAUUUCAACGACAACCCUCCAAUAUUCGCCCCCGGCGACAUUUUCAAGUCCAUCCCUGAAAACCUCCCCGUCUCCGCCUCGGUUAUGACGAUCACGGCUCAUGACACGGACGCAGACAUCAACGGGCAGCUGGAGUACUCCAUCGUGCAACAGAUUCCCAGAGGAAGCCACUUCAGCAUCGACCCGAGCAGCGGCCUCAUCUACACGGAGCGGGAGAUCGACCGCGAGUUCUCCAACCUCUUCGAGCUGACCAUCAAAGCCACAGACCAAGCGGUUCCAGUUGAGUUCCGCCGCUUCGCCCUGAAAAAUGUCACCAUAUGGGUCACGGACCAGAACGACAACGUUCCCACCUUUGUGUCCCAGAAUGCACUUGUAGCUGAGCCCAACAUAGUCAUUGGUUCCAUCCUGACCACCGUGGUGGCCUACGACCCAGACGAGGGGGCGAACGGGGAGGUGGAAUAUGAGCUGGUGGAGGGGGACUCGGGCACCUUCAUCAUGGACCGGUACAGUGGGGACAUCCGCCUGGCCUCCCAGCUGGUACCGACCCGGCUCAUGUACACCCUCGCGGUGUCGGCCACGGACCACGGCACCGAACGUAAGACCUCCAGAACGGACCUGACCAUCAUCCUCCAGGGAAUGGAUGGCCCUGUCUUCUCCCAGCCCAAAUACAUCACCAUCCUGAAAGAGGGGCUCCCGCCGGGCACCAACGUGAUCUCCCUGGACGCCUCGAGCCCCCGGGGCUCCGCCAGCAGAGUGGAGUAUUUCAUUGUGGCCGUUCGCUGCGGUGGGAAAACCGUGGGGCGCCUUUUCACCAUCGGCCGCCACACUGGAGUGAUACAGACGGCCGCGGAGCUGGACCGAGAGCACGGCUCCGACCUGUACCUGGUGGAUGUGUACGCCAUGGAGACGGACGCCACCCAGCCCCGCACGCAGCGCGCCGAGGUGGAGAUCACGCUGCAGGACGUCAACGACAACGCGCCCGUUUUCCCCAACGACAUUCUGGACGUGACCAUCGAGGAGAACGUUGGAGAUGGCUUCAGGAUAAUGCAGCUAACAGCCACGGAUGCAGACGAGGGCCCCAACGCUCUGGUGACCUACACCAUCAUCAGCGGCGCCGAUGACAGUUUCCGGAUCGACCCUGAAUCUGGUGAUCUGAUCGCCACGAAGAAGCUGGACCGCGAGCGCCGCUCGAAAUACUCGCUCCUGGUGCGAGCGGACGACGGGAAGCAGUCGUCGGACAUGAGGCUCAACAUCACGGUGAAGGACGUCAACGACCACACGCCCAAGUUCUCGCGUCCGACGUACUCGUUCGACAUCCCCGAGGACACGGCGCCAGGCUCCAUCGUGGCCGCCAUCUUGGCCAGCGACUCUGACUCAGGGGUCAACGGUGAGGUCACCUACGCGCUGGAGGACGACAUGGACGACACCUUCCUGCUGAACCCCGUCACGGGCGUUUUCAACGUCACGCGCGCGCUGGACUACGAGACGCAGCAGUUCUACAUCCUUACGGCGACGGCGCGGGACGGCGGCGGCCAGGCCAGCGCCGUGCGGGUCUACUUCAACGUGCUGGACGUCAACGACAACCCGCCCGCCUUCAACACCAGCGUGUACAGCACGUCCGUGUCCGAGAGCCUGAGUCCCGGGUCCAGGAUCGUCACCGUUGGCGCCAGCGAUGCUGAUGACGGCCCCAACGCUCAGCUCCUCUACAGAAUAGCGUCCGGUGAUCCCCAGGCUCACUUCAUCAUCACCAAGGAGGGAGAGCUCCAAACCAAGAAGGCCCUGGACAGAGAGGUCCAGUCCUUCUACAACCUGGUGGUCACGGUCAACGACCUGGCUCCGCCCCCCAUGACCCGCUUCACCAGCACCGCCCAGGUGUCCAUCAUCCUGCUGGACGUCAACGACUGCGCGCCGACCUUCACCUCCCAGAAGAUGACGUACAUCCAGGAGAACACGCCGGUGGACACGGUGGUGUUCACGGCCCAGGCCGUCGAUGCUGACAGCGGACCCAACAGCUACGUGGAGUAUUCUCUGAGGGGACCUUAUGGGAACAAGUUCAGCAUCGGAAUCAUCGACGGGGACGUCCGCUUGGUCGGGGAACUUGACCGAGAGGAGCUCUCCAACUACACCCUCACGGUCGUGGCCACAGACAAAGGAGAACCCCCCCUGUCGUCCACCAUGGACGUGACCAUGGUGGUUCUGGACGUCAACGACAACACGCCCGGCUUCUCCCAGAACAUAUACGACAUAGAGAUCGAGGAGGACACCCUGACGGGGACGGACGUCAUCCAGGUGUUCGCCAGCGAUGCCGACGAGGGCACCAACGGACAGAUCCGCUUCUCCAUCUCAGGAGGCGGCAGCGGCUCCGACUUCAGGAUCGACUCGGUCACAGGGGUGAUUUCCGUGGCCAAGCAGCUGGACCGCGAGGCGCGGGCGUCCUACUCGCUGGUGGUCCAAGCGUCCGACCGCGGCAGCAGCCCCCGCGUGGACCGGGCCACCGUCAACAUCGUGCUGCUGGACGCCAACGACUGCGCGCCCGCGUUCGAGCUGUCGCCCUACACCGUCCACGUCCAGGAGAACCUGGAGGAGCUGCCCAGGAGUAUCCUGCAGGUUGUUGCCAGGGACGACGACCAGGGUGCCAACAGUCAGCUGAGCUACAUGCUGACCGGCGGCAACGAGCAGGGCGCCUUCAGCCUGUCGUCCAGCGGCCAGCUGAGCCUGAGCCACACCCUGGACCGCGAGGCUCAGGGCACAUACGUCCUGCUGAUCACAGCCACCGACUCAGGUUCCCCGUCCCUCAGUGGAACCGGCACCGUGACGGUUCUGGUGGACGACGUGAACGACAACGUGCCUGUUUUCACCUCGUCCACCUUCCACACCUCCAUCACGGAGGACGCGCCGACGGGGACAGACGUUCUGCUGGUGAACAGCUCGGACGCAGACGUGGGCGCCAACGGCGUCGUGAGCUACAGCCUGAGCGGGGGACGCGGCCAGUUCUCCAUCAACCCAGCGACGGGACAGAUUAUCACCAGCUCCCUGUUGGACCGGGAGGACAGAGCCAGCUACCAGCUGCUGGUAGUGGCGACGGACGGAGGGCAGCCCGACGGCCUGUCCAGCUCGGCCACCGUGUCCGUGACGGUGGCCGACAUCAACGAUAACCCGCCGCGCUUCCACCACCACCCGUACGUCACCCACAUCCCCGCCUCCACUGGAGCAGGGUCCCUGGUCUUUGCUGUGACUGUCACUGAUGAGGACUCGGGGUCCAACGCUCAGCUCCAGUAUUCUCUAAUGGGCCGAAACUCUGAGAAGUUCAAGAUCGACCCGGUCAGAGGCGCCAUCACUGCCAAUGAGAAACUGACUGGCAGCUCAGAAGUUACUCUGACCGUUCGCGUGAAGGACGGCGGCGCCAACCCCAAAACGGACGUGACCACUGUGACUGUCCGCUUUGUGACCGGAGGGAACUUCCCCAUCAUCAAGCUGAAGGAGAACGCGUUCACGUUCCCUGAGAGCCAGCCCACCAAUCACAUAGUUACCACUGUGUCUGGGUCCUCCAUGAGAGGUGGGCCUCUGUCCUAUUACAUCGCCAGUGGAAACCUGGACAACGCCUUUCACAUUGACCAGUUAUCGGGCGAGCUGUCGAUCAGACACCCGCUGGAUUAUGAACACAUUCAGAAGUACGUUCUGUGGGUUGAGGCCAGAGAUCAGGGCUUCCCACCUUAUUCUUCUUAUGAAAAAGUGGAAAUCUCUGUGCUGGAUGUCAAUGACAAUCACCCAGUGUUCGACAAGGAUCCCUUCCAGGCUGAGAUACUGGAGAACCUUUCACCCCAGCGGGUGCUGGUGGUGUCUGCUGUGGAUCUAGACAGCGGGCCCAAUGGACAGCUGGAGUACGCCUUCAUUGACGGCAAUAAGGAGAACAGCUUCAACCUCAACCGAGCGACGGGAGAAAUCCGGACCACCAGGCCACUGGACCGGGAGAAGGUGGCUCAGUACGCUUUGAGAGUCAAAGCCACCGACCGUGGGUCGCCACAGAAGAGCACAGUGGUUAAAGUGCUAAUCAGCGUAUUGGACGUCAAUGAUAACGCCCCCAGAUUCUCAAAGAUCUUUAGUGCCACGGUGGCUGAAAAUGCCCCAGUGGGCUUCACCGUCACCAGAGUCACCACCACAGACGAGGACGCUGGAUCAAACGCCGUUAGCCGAUAUUCCAUCACAGACACCAGCCUCCCUUUCAACAUCAAUCCAAACACAGGAGACAUAACGAUCAGUAGGCCUCUCAAUAGAGAAGACACUGACCAUUACAUAGUCAAGGUGUCGGCUCACGACUCGGGCUGGACCGUGAGCACAGACGUCACUGUGUUCAUCACGGACGUCAACGACAACGCGCCCAGGUUCAGUCGGCCGUCCUACUACCUGGACCACCCCGAGCUGACGGAGGUGGGCUCGCUGGUCACACAGGUGUCUGCCACAGACCCCGACGAGGGCUUCAACGGGAAGAUCUUCUAUUUCAUUCGCUCACAGUCGGACUAUUUCAGGAUUAAUGCCAGCUCUGGGGAGAUAUUUGUGAAGCAGCAGUUAAACUAUCAGAACUCAACAGGUGCCAGCAGUAUAAAUAUAAACCGCCACAGCUUCAUUGUCACGGCCUCCGACCGGGCAGUCAAGCCUCUGAUGAGUGAGACCACCGUAAUAGUAAAUAUUGUCGAUAGCAAUGAUAAUCCUCCCGAGUUUGAAUCUCUCAACUAUUUUACUCCUGUCACUAAAAGUGUCAAGGUUGGCACUAAACUUAUUAGGGUUGUAGCUCACGACAAAAAAGACUUUGGCCUUAAUUCUGAGGUGGAGUAUUUGAUAACAGGCGGAAACAGCUCUACUAAAUUCAAGCUAGAUAAAACAAGUGGAUGGAUCACUGUUGCCUCCUCACUCACAUCUGACAUGAAUAAGAUUUUCUAUAUUGAUAUCACAGCAAGCGAUAAAGGAAAUCCUCCGUUGUCGGCGCCUGCUUCGGUGCGGAUUGCGGUCACGGAGGAAAACCACCACACGCCCGAGUUCUCACAAAGCCAAAUCUCAGCUACUGUACCUGAAAGCCUCGCUGUGGGAACAGCGAUAAGGACCCUGUCUGCCCGAGACAAAGACAAAGACACCAACGGCCUCAUCACCUAUAAUAUCAACGCAGGUAAUGACAAGGGCCUGUUUGCGCUCAACAGUAAAACUGGAGUCUUAUCCCUCGCUCGCCCUCUGGACUAUGAGGAGAAGCAGCAACAUGAGCUGAAGGUUUCAGCUACAGAUGGCGGCUGGAUUUCAAAAACAGGCUCUGUUUCUGUCACAGUUCACGUGACUGAUGUGAAUGACAACCCUCCUGUGUUUGAUCCUGAGGAAUACUUCCCGGUUGUGCAGGAGAACGUUCCAAGCGGCACCACGGUGGUCAAACUGAAUGCAACAGACCCAGAUUCUGGAGCCAACGCCGUCAUGGCUUAUGUGAUACAGUCGUCAGACAGUGAUCUCUUUGUUAUUGACCCGAACACGGGCACCAUCACCACCCAGGGCUUCUUGGAUUAUGAGGCUAAGCAGGUCUACCAUUUAACAGUAAAGGCUUUCAAUGUCCCAGACGAGGAGCGCUGCAGUUUCGCCAAUGUCAACAUUCAGCUCAAGGGAGCCAAUGAAUACGUGCCGCGCUUUGUCUCCAAACAGUACUACUUUGAAAUCUCUGAAGCUGCUCCAAAAGGCACAGUGGUUGGGGAAGUGUUCGCCAGUGAUCGAGACCAAGGAGAUGAUGGAGUGGUUUACUACCUCAUCUUUGGGAAGAGCAGAGACAAAGGCUUUGGCAUCAAUAGGAAAACUGGCCAGAUUUAUGUCACUGGUAAUCUGGACCGUGAGAAAGAGGAGAAGAUAUCACUGAAGGUGCUGGCCAAGAACGCAGGAAGCAUCCGCGGGGCAGACAUCGACGAAGUGUUUGUGAACAUUACGAUCAUCGACGCCAACGAUCCUCCUGUUUUCACCCAGGAACUGUAUGACGUGCAGGUCAGUGAAGGCCUCGCCGUGGGUGGUCUCGUUACCUUCGUGAGUGCGGAGGACUCGGACUCUGUGCCGAGCUGGAGCAGGUUUUCUUACUCCAUUGCUCCGGAGUUUGACAAAAAUGUUUUCAGUAUCAACUCAAAAACUGGUCAAGUGUCGGUGGCUGCGGAGCUGGACAGAGAAACGACUCCUGUGUACACUCUGAGGAUUGUUGCCGUGGAUACUGGCACACCCCCUGCCACCGGAAGCAGCACUGUGAUUGUGAAUCUGGAAGAUAUCAAUGAUAACGGUCCAACUCUGACAACUGCCUAUGCUGAGGUAAUGGAGAACCAGAGAGCCGGCUCUGCAGUUACAACCCUGACGGCCUCUGACCCAGAUCUACCACCCAACCAAGGCCCUUUCCUCUACAGCCUCCUCAGCUCUGGAUCAGCCAACAGCUACUUCAGUGUUAGUCCAGCUGGAGUGUUAACCACCAGCCGGGAGAUUGACAGAGAGCAGAUCAGCGACUUCUACCUCUCUGUUGUGAUUAAGGAUUCUGGCGUGCCUCAAAUGUCGUCUACGGGAACAAUCCAUGUCAAAAUAAACGAUCAGAAUGACAACCCAUCGGAGCCAAGGUCCAUGGAAAUCUACGUCCACUACUUUGGAAACAUGUUUCCUGGAGGUUCUUUGGGAGACGUCAAGCCCCAAGACCCAGACGUUGAGGACAGGUUCCACUGCUCUCUCAUUCCUCCAUCCUCCGGUCUAUUUAGUAUCCCACCUGGAACCUGCAGCCUCAGCUCCAAGUCCCGCUCAACGGAUGGAACAUUUGAACUGACAAUCCGUAGCAGCGAUGGCGUCCAUGGUCCGGUCAGCAACACGGCUCGAGUCCUCUUCAUGGGUUUCACCAAUGCCACGGUGGACAACAGCAUCCUCAUCCGACUCAACUCCCAAGGAGUCAGAGACUUCCUCACCAACCACUACCUCAGUUUCUUACGGAUUGCCAACUCCCAGCUGGCCGGACUGGGCACAGGGGUGUUGCUCUAUGGAGCCUUCGAGCUCAACAAUCAGACUUUCCUAAUGGCAGCUGUGAAACGGGGCCACGGACAAUAUGUCAACCCCAGCGGCGUGGCCACAUUCUUCCAGAGUAUCAAAGACAUUUUACAUAGGCAGAGUGGGGUGCAAAUAGAUGCGGUGGACCAUGAUCCUUGCACGCAUAACCCGUGCCAGAAUGGAGGCAGCUGCAAGAGGCGUCUCAGUGUCGGCCCCGACAUGAAAACAGAGGAAAGUUUCCCCGUGAUCCUGGUUUCCAACCACCCCCUGCAGCCCUACGCCUGCAGCUGCAGACCCGGCUACACAGGAGCCCUGUGUGAGACGGACAUCGACGAGUGCCAGCCGUCGCCCUGCCACAACGGAGGCACUUGCCACAACCUGGUGGGGGGCUUCUCCUGCACCUGUCCCGAAGGUUUCACCGGCAUGGCCUGCGAGAGAGACGUCAACGAAUGCCUUUCAAAUCCCUGCAAGAACGGGGCGCUGUGCCAGAACUUCCCCGGCGGCUUCAACUGUCUCUGCAAGUCCGGCUUCGCAGGAAAAACGUGCGAUUCCAUCAUCAAUCAUUGUGACUGUAACCCUUGUUUUAAUGGCGGCUCCUGUCAGAAUCGAGUGGAUGGAUAUUACUGUCAUUGUCCAUUCGGGGUUUUCGGGAAACACUGCGAGCUGAACAGCUACGGCUUUGAGGAGCUCUCCUACAUGGAGUUUCCUUCUCUGGAUCCCAACAACAACUACAUAUACAUCAAGUUCGCUACCCUGCAGAGCAACGCACUGCUUAUGUACAACCACGACAACCAGACCGGGGACAAGGCGGAGUUCUUGGCUCUGGAGAUCUUCGAGGGACGGAUGCGCUUCUCUUUCAACUUGGGAAGCGGAACUUACAAACUGAUGACAAUGAUUAAAGUGUCAGACGGGCAGUUCCACACAGUCAUCGCCCGGAGAGCUGGGAUGGCGGCCUCCCUCACUGUGGACCUGUGUGGUGACGACCAGGAUCCGGGCUACUGCGCUGUGAGCAACGUGGCGGUUCACACUGACUGGAUCCUGGACGUUCAGCCCAACCGGCUCUCUGUGGGCGGCGUCAGGACCAUAGAACCCGUCCUGCACCGGCGCGGUCAAGUCGCCAGCCAUGACUUCGUGGGCUGCAUCAUGGAGUUCGCCGUCAACGGGCGCCCGCUGGAGCCCAGUCAGGCUCUGGCGUCGCACGGCAUCCUUGACAGAUGUCCCAGACUGGAAGGAGCCUGCACCAACAACCCCUGCAGACACGGGGGCACCUGUUUGGACCACUGGUCUUGGCAGCAGUGCCAGUGUGUGGAUGGCUUCACUGGCAAAUUCUGUGAGAAAUACAUGACGGCAGACACCGCCCUGGCCCUCGAUGGCACCGGCCGCUUGGACUACGCGCUGAAGCAGGGCCCUAAACGCGACGUCCUGCUGAGGCAGCUGCUGCAGGGCGUGACCUCUGACCCCGUCACUACCGGCAGCUUGGAGGUCAAGUUCAGGACGCGCAGCAAGACCGGCACGCUGCUGCAUGUGCAGGAGAGCAGCAACUACACCACAGUAAAGCUGAGGAACGGCAACCUCCAUUACGUGUCGGACGCAGGCGUCGGCGGGAAGGUGGAGCGGACGGUGGGGGAGGCCGCGCUGUCGGACGGCCAGUGGCACACGCUGCAGCUGCUCAGGAACGGCUCCUCCACCGUGAUCCGGGUGGACGCCAGCUACGCCAGGGUGGUCCAGCACGCCACUCAGGACUUCGGGGGCCUGGGCGUUUUGAGCCUGUCGCUGGGAGGGAUCCCGUCCGGGGCGGCUCAGCAGAAGACUGGAGCAGGUUUCGAUGGUUGCUUGGCGUAUGUGAAAUACAACGGGGAGAAUCUGCCAUUCACUGGAGAACACAGUCUUGUUACCUUGACUACGACCAGUUCCUCUGUGAAGAUCGGCUGCAGAGGUCCCAACCUGUGUGAAAGCAACCCGUGCUGGGAUGGACUGAUGUGUGUCAACCAGUGGUACACGUACCAGUGUGUGCCACCUGGUGACUGUGCCUCCAACCCCUGCCAAAACCACGGCAGCUGCGUGCCAGAGCCCCACUCAGGUUUCACCUGUGUAUGCUCCGAGUUCUACACAGGAAAGGCUUGUGAGACCUUGGUGGCCUGUCUGGGCGUGCAGUGUCCUCAGGGUACCGUCUGCAAAACGGCCAACAACGGUGGGUUUGUCUGCAGCCCCAGCCCCACAACAGAGCCAGUGGUCCUCCCUAUCUGGGCCGUGCCUGCCAUCGUGGGCAGCUGUGCCACAGUUCUCGCCUUGGUGGUUCUCAGCCUGAUCCUGUGCAACCACUGCAAGGGCCGCAACAAGACCAAAGUGCCAAAGGAACCCAAGGAGAAGAAGCCCAAGGAAAAGAAGAAGAAGAAAAAGAAGAAGGGCAGCGAGAAUGUUGCGUUUGACGACCCGGAUAACAUCCCUCCGUACGGGGAUGACAUGACUGUAAGGAAACAACCGGAAGGGAACCCCAAACCUGACAUCAUCGAGAGGGAGAACCCGUAUCUGAUUUACGAUGAAACAGACAUUCCGCACAACAAUGAGACCAUCCCCAGUGCUCCCUGUGCUCCCUGCAACGGCCAAGAGGCUGACAUUGAGCACUACGACAUAGACAAUGCCAGCAGCAUAGCUCCCUCGGAUGCAGACAUCAUCCAGCACUACAAGCAGUUCCGCAGCCACACGCCAAAGUUCUCCAUCCAGAGACACAGCCCGCUGGGCUUCGCCAGACAGUCGCCGCUACCGCUGGGAGCCACCAGCUACACCUACCAACCCCAGUACACCCAGGCACUAAGGUCCACACCCCUCAGUCACUCCCACUCCGCCUGCCCCACCCCAAAUCCCCUCUCUAGACACUCCCCGGCCCCGUUUACCAAGCCCUCCUCGUUUUACCGAAACACCCCAACCAGAGAACUCAACCUAGCCCGCCGUGACGGCAGCCCAAUGGAUUUACACAACGACAUGUGCCAGCCUCCGCCCAUGUUCAACUAUGCCACCAGGCUCGGGAGGCGCAGCAAGAGCCCGCAGACCAUGGCCGGCCACGGCCACACGUCCCGGCCCGGCAGUCGGCUGAAGCAGCCGAUCGAGCAGAUCCCGCUGGAGACGGGGCCUCCGGUGGGGCUGUCCAUCGAGGAGGUGGAGCGGCUGAACACGCCGCGCCCACGCAACCCCAGCAUCUGCAGCGCCGACCACGGGCGCUCCAGCUCGGAGGAGGACUGCCGCAGGCCGCUGUCAAGGGUCCGCAACCCUGCUGACGGCAUCCCGGCCCCAGAGUCCUCUUCCGAAAGUGACUCGCACGACUCCUUCACCUGCUCAGAGAUGGAGUACGACCGGGAGAAGCCGGUGACUUACAGCUCCCGGGUUCCCAAGCUCUCCCAAGUCAACGAGUCAGACGCUGACGACGAGGACUACGGCGGGAGGCUCAAGCAGAGGCGCUACUCCAGUCGGAGGGCGGAAGGAGGACCUGGUGUGUCGCAGAUGCCCCCUACUGAGCAGCACUACACCCUGCCCCACAAACUGGGCCAGCAGGUCGGGGGCUUCAACUGGGACAAUCUGAUGAACUGGGGCCCGGGGUUUGGACAUUACGUAGACGUGUUCAAGGACUUGGCCUUGCUCCCGGAGAACGCAGCAGCAAAGGACAUUGAGAUGAACAGUGGGGAUGGCUCAGUGACCAUCCUAAACGAAGGAGAAGCUGAACAAUAUGUAUGAGACUAUUUAUUAUGAGGCUGUAGAUGAUGAUGACGAUGAAGUUCUCAUUUUUUAAAGAAAAAAGGAAGUCUGUAUAUUUUGGGAGAACGUUCAUGUUUUUUUUACAUUAUUCAUAAAUAACAAGACGACUUUGAAUGCAGUAAGGCAGAACAGCAGCGCGUGGAGCAGCGUGGGAGGGUUUACCAGUCACAGCCUCACGUCACUGAUGCUGAAGGAAAACACACACACACGCAAAGAAAUCCGUGUCUGAAUUCAAUUUAGCGACUGCAAAGCUCCCUUCAUGUUAUCCUGAUAAAACACUCCUGGUCUUUAUUAGCUGUGUUACCUCUCCUUACCAAAAUGCUCUGUCGCAUUCACAGCUGAGAGAUAAGCGGUUAGAUAACAUUAAGGAAGUCCAGCAAAAGAAAAAUCCUGGCUUGUCUUUUUAAGGGUCAAAUUUUCAUUUACUCAGAAGGAAGCAUGUGUGUUUGAUCUGGCUGCACCUGUAGCUGACAGGACGCAGGGUCCACGUGAAGUUAAGCACAGCGGCCGCUCGCACGGCAUCGCGCGGCGUCGCCCACCGCCCGCGCUCUGACCGUCUUUGUGCCGCUGUGUUUUCUCACAGAAGACUGGUUAAACACUCCAGGAGUGAGGAUUAGUGGAGUCUCCUGCCUUACAGACAUUUGAGGAUUCAGUGCAGGGGAGGACUUUUCUCCUGCUUCUCUUCGGUAGCAGAAGAGGGUUUUGAGGGGAUAGCGUUGUUUAUCGAGCAGCCGAGUACAGUGAAGGUGAUGAUGAUGAUGAUGAUCAACUAAAACACUAUGAACUCUAUGUGUACAUUGUUUUGAUUUCAUGAGAAGUCUUGGACUCAUUGUGGUUGUUGUUCCUGUCCGUUACUUUGACGUGUAUGGUUUCUACAUUUUUGUACUGUUUAUUAACUUAAAUUACCUAAGCUGUGUUUCUAUGGAUAUUUUCAUAUGCUGAAAUGUAUGUUCUUACUUUCGGGGAAAGUAAGAUUGAAGACUUAUUUUUUACAUUUGUUACAUAUGUAACAUCAGUAUUUUCCACUUUUGAUAAAACUAUAACAUGUUGUAUGCUUUGUACCUGUAAAAAGCCAAUAACAGAAUAAAAAAGUAUUUAUUUAAAA